CUAUAAAUAACUGACAUAUAAGUGUGCCUAUAUAUGGAGAGUUGAGAAUAGCGGAGUUAACUCUGUUGUGCGAGUAAUAUUUACAACAGGUUCGAAGUACGCUGUACACGGCACCUGUAGUGUUACACUAAAGCACCCGUGGGAGCUACGAUGGAGCCAUCCCCCUCGUCGUUGCCCGACCACAUUGUGGUCCAGAUACUGUCCUACCUCAGUCGGGAAGACAGAUCCAGAGCGGGCAGAACCUGCACGGACUGGCAGCGCUGUUACAGAUGCCCCCAGCUGUGGUACACCUCCACCUUCAACUUCCAGCAACCUCACGACGGCCGAUGUCUUCCGUGGCUCGACCAGUAUGCCAAACACAUGAGGACCGUGCGAAUCCAGUUAAACCAGCAUGAGACGGAGAACAGAGCCAAUGCGUGCACAGCUCUCCAUAAACUGUGCCACGCAGAAGAAAGAAGGUUGACAUCAUUGCGCAUAAAGUUCACGGGGGAAAAUCCGCUGUUUUACGCUGGCCAGGAGUUUGUAGAUGAGCUAAAAACUUUGUUUGGGUGUCGAAUGGAAUCCCAGAAAGUUCAGUUCCGCCACAUAGACCUAAGCGGAAUAUCUGUAGCAUAUGAUGAUAGUGUAUUUGAUGUUUUGUCUGAGAACAACCCACAGCUUGAAUCUUUAAAUAUUCUGAACGGGAACCUCGUGUGCAAGAUCUCACCUGAGUGUGUUCAGAGGCUUGUACAAAGGUGUAGAAAACUCACCGACCUCCGCCUGUUCCACUGCAGUAUGUCGGAUAGCGUUCUCUCAUCGUUAGCGGAGGCCGAGCGCGAACCACUGAAGCAUCUCGCUAUUCUGUGCAGAAGGGAACAGAAAUACAUUCAAGACUUGACGUCAGAGGCCUGGUCCGAACUGGUCAAGCAGUGUCCACAGCUGAGGGUCGUGCUUGGAUUUGACCACACGUGUCCGCUGCGCAUGGUUGCUGUAAUACUGAAGUCAGAAAUCCCAGUAGUAGAGCUUCGUUUGGAGACCUUUACAUACAUCUACGACGAGGUGAACCUGGCAGCCAGCUUCUACAGCAAGACACUGGAGAAGGUGGUGCUUCAGACAAGGAACUCUCCUCAACUCGGAGACUCUCUCAUCAACUUGGGGACCAGGUGUCAAAGGCUGACGUCACUGUUGGUGUACUGCGUGCUGGAGAAGACGGUGGUGGACAAGAUCCUGGCACUCUGUCCUGACAUGAAGGAGAGGGGAACGUAUGUCCUUAAGUGGGAACCAGAUCCGGAAGUCAACUGAAAUGAAAGGAACGAUAACCGCUUCGUUUACCUGUAUGGGACAAGUUUUCUUAAGUAAGACCAACUGUCAUUGUUUCACAGAGCGUUGGGGGUAGAUAUGUGGUUAAAGCGUUCGCUCGUCACACGGGGUUCUAUUUCCCACAUCGGUACAAUGUGUGAAACGUAUUUAUGUUGUCUCCCGCAGUGAUAUUGCUUGAAUGUGGAUAAAAGCGGUGUGAAAAACAGGCUCACUCCUUGUUUCACAUAUUUGCAAAUAAUGAAGACACAGAGUAAAACAUUGGUUACACACGUGGGACGUCCUGCCUUGUAAAUGAGUUCUUGAGUUCCUAUGCUUUAACGCUACUUUUAUCAGUCUUUACGUUAUCGCAGUCUUUAGGUUAAUAAUUGUGUCAGGAAAGCCCCUAAAUAAUCAUCACAAACAUUAACGCAACCACGGUUGGGAAGUGAAUCAAGAAUUCGAAACCACAAGGCGGUUUCCUAUCCAUAGAUGAAACUGGUCCAACUAUCAACAACCCAAUCACACGAACCCUGACAUACAAAGUUAUGGCUCCGAAGCAUGAUUGAAUGAAUGACGGGCAUUAAAAGAACUGCUCUGCCCAAUUCUAUGCCAACAAUAUACCUGUACUACACCAUGUUCAAGGUUACUUGACAUCCUUCAUUAAAACCUGAAACAUGGUCAAUGUUAAAAGGGACCAUAACAUUCGGUAAGGGAGAAGUCACUGGAAUGUGUUGAUUCCGGAAGUAGAAUCAACAAUGCUCAAAGGGGCAAUUUGAUUCUGCUUUCGGAAUCAACAGAUUCCAGUGAUUUCUCUGACGUAAACCAUGUUUAAAUAUGGUUGGUGUUUUAUUUCUCUAGUGUUGCAUAAUGGCCUAUAGUUGUGUCGGUUUAACUUCUUUAAACGCACGUUUAGAAUAGCCAGUCAAUUCCUCAUUAAGAAUCAACUACAAGAACAGUAUCGUGAUGUCAUCAACUGUAAGAACAAUAGCAUUUGGGUAUAACAUGGGUAUAGCUUUAGUUCAGAUAAUUAUACAUGUACAUUUGAGAAGAUCUUUUCCCAGGUUUUAGCAAGUAAAGCCGGCACCUCUUUUAAACCUUAUUUGCCUAGAUACCACAGAUAGCCCAGUUUGACUUAGUUGGUGCAUGUAUGAGGUGGAAAAUCAAGUCUCUUAUACGAUUCUUAACCUAUUCGUAACUUCGCAUUCUGCCAAUCAACAACUUUAGAAUCUUGCCCAGCUGGGCAACACCACCAGUAGAGAUGUUCUAGCUUCACAACCUCAAUGACGCCAAUAAAGCAAUUGUCCAAGAAAAGGACAAAUUCAUCAGGUCUAGUACUUAGUCAAAGUACCCGUGGUGUUUCUGGGGCAGAAUAUGUGAGAAAUGAAGUAUGAGGAUCGUGAGGCUCCAGUGUCUGACCUGGCUGAUCGUGAGUCAUCAUGCCCCGAAGGCGUGGAUCGUGUACCAUGCGGUCAACAACCGGUCUGCCUGGCCUCGGCUGGAUUACGUACAAGCUGCUCACUCAGGCAUUAUUAGGCACCUACAACGUUUCAAGAAUGGUUAUUGAAUCUUGGAAUACUUCGCACCAUAUGCAGUGGAUCAUUAAAUAGAAUCAUAGCAAUAUUUCAACUGUAUGACGGCGGUCUGUAAACAACCGAGUCCGGACCAGACAAUCCAGUAAUUGAUGUCAUGUGCAUCGAUCCAUGCAAAUGGGAUACGAUGACAUGCAUCAACCAAAUCAGCGAGCCUGACCACCCGAUCCCGUUAGUCACCUUUUACCACAAGCAUCGGUUACUGAAGACCUGUUCUACCCCGGAUCUUCACGGGGAUAUAUCACCCUCAUUGAAACCGGUAGCACUGUGGGAAUGCGAAUUGUUUACAAUGUUAUACAUCUUCAGUUGUACUACCUUUUGAAAAUGAAUAAAUGCCGGUGAUUUUAUGAUUCAACUUUAAAGAUGUUUGUAUCUGAAGUGACCCAGGUCCUAUGGAAAAGUAUUGUGUUUGAUCGUGAUUAAAGCAUACGGCGGUUUC